ACCAGUGAAUGGUCAGACGCCAUUGUGUACAAUAAGUGUGUAGCUGUCGCCAAAAAAAGUUUUAUAAAUUGCCAAAAAAAGGUCGUUGUCGUUGGUGUUUUAUACAUUUUUAGCUCCCAAGGAAAUCGACCACAAAAGGCAAAACACAAAAUGGGAAAUGAAACGUCUCUGCCUAUGGAAAUGUGCUCCAAUUUCGACGCAGAUGAAAUACGUCGUCUGGGCAAACGUUUCCGCAAAUUGGAUCUGGACAAUUCAGGGGCGCUGAGCGUGGAUGAGUUCAUGUCAUUGCCGGAGCUGCAACAGAAUCCUUUGGUGCAGCGUGUCAUUGAUAUUUUCGAUGCUGAUGGCAAUGGCGAGGUCGAUUUCAAGGAAUUCAUUCAAGGCGUCUCGCAAUUCAGUGUCAAGGGCGAUAAGUUGUCAAAGCUGCGCUUUGCAUUUCGCAUCUAUGACAUGGACAACGAUGGCUACAUUUCCAAUGGCGAACUGUUCCAGGUAUUGAAAAUGAUGGUGGGCAAUAAUUUGAAAGACACACAACUGCAGCAAAUUGUGGACAAGACAAUCGGUUUCGCGGACAAGGACGAGGAUGGCAAAAUCUCCUUCGAUGAGUUCUGUUCGGUUGUGGGCAACACGGACAUUCAUAAGAAGAUGGUGGUCGAUGUUUAAAAUGGAGAUAUUGUAGAACACUCACACACACUGCUGCAUAGGUUUACGAGUAACGUGUACUUUUUUUUAUAUGCAAUUAGCGCAAAAAUAUUUUUCACUAGUUACUAUUUAUUUUUUUAUACACAUAUAUAUUAUAUAUUGUUUGUUUUUUAUCUCUCUUUACAUUAAUUUAAUUAUUUUGUUUAAAUGAAUGAAUUGUUUUCGUCUUUGUUAUCAAGCUGUGAGUCAAACGAAACGAAACGAUGAAAAAAAAAGAAGAAAAAUCUUAAUAUUUACACAGCCGUUAGUGAGCUACAAACAUUUUUGAAUCACUCGCUUUAAAACGCUCCUACGAAUAAUAUAUCACAUUUUCUAAAAGAAAAACAACCACAAUUUUUUAAAAAGUUGUAUCUCUAAGUCGUAAAGUAAUUGAAGAGCGAGAGAGAAAGAGUAAUAAAUGGAAACGCAAUACUAGAAGAACAGAUUCAGAGAGAGAAAGAGAGAAUAUAGUGAAAAUUGAAAAUGUGCGCCUCCUACUUACAUACUUCUUAAAAAUAUAGUCAUAAUUUAUUAUACAACAAAUAUACACGUAAUGAAUUGAAGCAAACAAAUAACAACAACAAAAUGCAUCAAAAGCAAACUACGAAUAAUUCAAGUGAAAAAGCAACAA